CCAACCGGGCGGGAGGAGCCGGAGCCGCGUUCCUCCCCCGUCUCCCACCCCUCCACGGGUCCUCAUCCUUAAAGCUCGAGUCCGCAGCCCCGCCUGUUAGAGAGGGCACCGGGCAGCGGAGAGCGUGCGGCCGCGGCGAGCCGGGGCUGACGGAGCAGGCGCUGGAGGCGACAGAGCGGCGGCAGCUGGCCCCGAGUCCCCGUGAGGGGGACGUUGGAGGGAGUCCAGGUCCUGGUCCGCAGCCCGGCGCCGUCGCAGCGCAGCCUGGCCCAUUCUGUCCGAGUCGCUGCCCUCAGUCUCCGAGGCGCAGUCGCUGGGGGCCGCCGCCACCCCGCGUGCGAGGCUCCUAGGAAAUUGGGUAUCCGGACCCGUCGCGGUCCUUUUCCACCGCCGCCCUCACUAGGUAGCCGUCCUGCCGGAGACCAUGUUCGACAAGACGCGGCUGCCGUACGUGGCCCUCGAUGUGCUGUGCGUGUUGCUGGCUUCCCUGCCUAUGGCUGUUCUAAAUUUGGGCCAAAUAUAUCCAUUUCAGAGAGGCUUUUUCUGUUCUGACAACAGCAUCAAGUAUCCAUACCAUGACAGUACCGUCAGAAGCUUUUUGCUCGUCAUAGUGGGGCUUGGCUUACCCAUUUCCUCUAUGAUUGCUGGAGAAAGUCUGUCUAUUCACUUUAAUGCCUUGCAAUCAAAUUCCUUUGUUGGCAAUCACUAUAUAGCCACUAUUUACAAAGCCAUCGGAGCCUUUUUGUUUGGAGCUGCAGCUAGCCAAUCCCUGACUGACAUUGCCAAGUAUUCUGUAGGCAGACUGCGUCCACACUUCUUGGCUGUUUGUGACCCUGAUUGGUCAAAAAUCAACUGCAGUGAUGGCUAUAUUGAGAACUACAUAUGUCGAGGGAAUGCAGAAAAGGUCAGAGAAGGCAGGUUGUCCUUCUACUCGGGCCACUCUUCGUUUUCUAUGUACUGCAUGCUGUUUACAGCACUUUAUCUUCAAGCCAGGAUGAAGGGAGACUGGGCAAGACUCUUACGCCCCACACUGCAGUUUGGUCUUGUUGCUUUAUCCAUAUAUGUGGGCCUUUCUCGAAUUUCUGAUUAUAAACACCACUGGAGUGACGUGUUGGUCGGAUUCAUUCAAGGAGCUGUGGUUGCAAUAUUAGUUGCUGUGUAUGUAUCAGAUUUCUUCAAGAACAGACAUUCGUACAAAGAAAGAAAAGAGGACGACUCACACACGACUCUACACGAAACCACCGCUACCACAUACUCAAGCAAUCGCCAUCCUUGAAGGGUGUGGGGAACUUGCCAGCUUUCUAAAGGAAACCGCUGGAGGCAGAAGGCGGGAGGAUGCAUAUUACUUUCUGGUGUAUAGGCCAUUACAAGACUGCUGCUAUACCUCUUGGAUACACCCACUUUACCUGUGUAUAUAGUUACAUUUAACACAAUGAUUAUCUAAUAAUCCGAUUUAAAAAAAUCAAGCCUUCCACUAAGAACACUGCCCCACCUGUACAUUUUUUAAUUGAAAGAUGCUAUGUACAAAUGUGUAUGUUACAUGCCUUCUUAGAAUGAGAUCCGAUUUAAAUACAAUAAAAUGCUUGAACCAA